GCAGUCCCGCCCACAACUCAGAAGUGAAUUUCUGAUGAACUCCUGCCGCUCUGCAGAAACGACGUCCCAGAAAAUGUCUUUCCCAUUUUGGCUGAUCGGAAUUAAGAGCCAGUGAGAACGCUCUGAAACCAGAUUCAGCUCCGUCUCUAAAACCCUUUUAGGCGUUUGGUGGUCUGUGUCGAAUAACUUCAACUUCUUUGUCAGUUUGAUCGACUUUAUAUUCUCUUUAUUGGCGUUCUUUUUUCUUCAGCUGAAACAAACAGGAGACCUUCCUCUGGAGGGUAUCCUGGUUCCUGCAGAACCCCCCCAGAUGGAGGUUUUGGACUUGUGGACCUGGUUCCUGCAGAACCCCCCCAGAUGGAGGUUUUGGACUUGUGGACCUGGUUCCUGCAGAACCCCCCCAGAUGGAGGUUUUGGACUUGUGGACCUGGUUCCUGCAGAACCCCCCCGGAUGGAGGUUUUGGACUUGUGGACCUGGUUCCUGCAGAACCCCCCCAAAUGGAGGUUUUGGACUUGUGGACCUGGUUCCUGCAGAACCCCCCCGGAUGGAGGUUUUGGACUUGUGGACCUGGUUCCUGCAGAACCCCCCCAGAUGGAGGUUUUGGACUUGUGGACCUGGUUCCUGCAGAACCCCCCCAGAUGGAGGUUUUGGACUUGUGGACCUGGUUCCUGCAGAACCCCCCCAGAUGGAGGUUUUGGACUUGUGGACCUGGUUCCAGCAGAACCCCCCCAGAUGGAGGUUUUGGACUUGUGGACCUGGUUCCAGCAGAACCCCCCCAGAUGGAGUUCUUGAACGUGUGAAGUCCCCCUCUUCCUGAGACACUCACACAUUCCUGACGGCACAAGGCAUGACUUGUUAUGGAGGCUGUUCGCGGCGCCGUGUUAAGGUGAAUCAGGCGCACACGCUGGGCCGUGCACGGAGAGGCCCAGCGCUGAUUUACUCAGGCGGGGGGAGAAAAGGGAGAGUCUCCCCUGAGUGCAUCAGGAGAGCCUGCAGCCUUUGUGAUUCCUUUUGAUCAAAUCUCUGUGAAAGAUGAGUGUCAUGCCCUCUUCCAGCCAGCUGUGAGGGGACUGCCCUGUGACUCCGGGGGCGUGCACGUGUGCGUGCAUGCGUGUGUGUUUGGGAGGCGACUCCUGAGGUGAGAAAGCCGAGUGGGAGGAUCUCAUUCCGAUCCCCGGUGCCCAGUUUCAGUCUGUGCCUCGCAGUGGAGGAGCAUCGCAGCAGCAGCAGCAGCAGCAGCAGACAAAAGCCGAGCCUCACGCCGUUCUGCCGGACUCAUGGCUCUUUAGCGGACGGGGGGAGUUGGACAGAGUUGCUUUGUGGGACCUGCAGAGAAUGGCCAACUCCACAGCAUCACUGCAAACGUCCGAGUAGAUGACAAUGGCUGAGGUGAUCUGCUGCACGUUGGGGAGCUGCAACUGCGAUGGCUUCAAACCUGGGAAGCUGAAGAGGAGGCAGUGUGAGAACUGCAAGCAUGGCUGGGUGGCUCAUGCUCUGAGCAAACUGAAGGUGCACCACCUGUACCAGAGCAGCCAGGUGGAGAUCGUGCACUCCAACGUGGUGUUCGACAUCUGCAGCCUGAUGCUGUACGGCACGCAGGCCAUCCCCAUCCGCCUGAAGAUCCUGCUGGACCGCCUGUUCUCCGUGCUGAAGCAGGAGGAGGUGAUCCAGAUCCUGAACGCCCUGGACUGGAGCCUGCAGGACUACAUCCGGGGAUACGUGCUCCAGGAUGCGGCGGGGAAGGUGCUGGACCGCUGGGCCAUCAUGACCUUCGAGGAGGAAAUCGCCACGCUGCAGCAGUUCCUCCGCUUUGGCGAAACCAAAUCCAUAGUGGAGCUCAUGGCUCUGCAGGACAAAGAGGGCCAGGCCGUGCUGGUUCCCAGCACCCGCACCAACUCGGACAUCCGCACUUUCAUCGAGCGCAACACGCCCCGCACGUCCGCUAACCUCUCCACGUCCAAGCUGGAGAAGACCGGCAGCAACAGCAUGCACCACUUUGAGAACUUCCUCAACAGCAUGGCCUUCAUGCUUCCAUUUCAGAUGUUGGGCUCGGUGCAGGCGCCGUUUCUGGGGGCGCAGGCUGGGACGGUGCAACAGCAUUACCAGCAGACCCGAGACAUUUCCAUGGAGAGUCAGAGAAGAGCUGACCAGGAUCUGAGAAGAGACGCCCCUCUUCCUCUUUCCCUUUCCUCAGAGAACAGCAGGCUGGGCUCCAACUCCAUCUCCUUCUCUGCUGACGUGGACCAAAGUGGCGAGACGCUGACUGAAGGCAUCUCCCCGCCCACAAAGAUUGAGAGCGAGGACUUCUCUGCCAGCGACAACUACUCAGAUGGACCUUCCACUCCAUGCACGCCAUCCAUGAGCUCUGAUGUUAUGCAGAUGUCACCUGAGGUCAAACUGCGCUCUUUGGACAGGAACGGGGGCGGAGGAGGUGGGGCCUCGUCAGGGGGAGGCUCUCUGAAAAAGGGGCGUGUGUUCUGCAAUGCUUGUGAGAAAACCUUUUAUGACAAAGGCACACUGAAAAUCCACUACAAUGCUGUCCACCUGAAGAUUAAGCACAAGUGCACCAUUGAGGGCUGCAAUAUGGUUUUCAGCUCGCUGCGCAGCCGCAACCGCCACAGUGCCAACCCCAACCCUCGCCUCCACAUGCCUAUGAACCGAAACAAUCGAGACAAAGACCUGCGGGGCAGCUUGUCCGCUGAUGAGAGCUCUCAAGGAGAGAAGAGGCCCGAGUACAACAGCUCCUUCUCCAUCUGCUCCUCAGAAAGCCAUAAGUCAGCACCCAGCUACAUGGUGAGCAAUGCAGACCCUGGCCCCAAGCUCCACAGCAGCACCUUCCCCAGCGUGGGCCAGAGUGGAAUCCUCUUCCCCAACUUGAAAACUGUACAACCGGUCUUACCUUUCUACCGAAGCCUUGUGACACCAGCAGAACUCGCCAACACCCCAGGAACCUUACCAUCACUCCCUCUGUUGUCCUCCUCUGUACCAGUCAAACCAGCCUGUCUGGCAGACCCCAUACCAAAGAAGAAGUCUCGGAAGUCCAGCAUGCCAAUCAAAAUCGAGAAGGAGACCAUAGAACAAGAUGAGCAGAUGGACAAGGAGAGCAGCUCUGAAGAUGAGCUCCCUUCACAGGGCGAGGUCAAGCGUAGACCGAUAGAGGAACACAUGAGCACAGAACAAUCAGGAGAGGAAAAGCAAAUGGCAAAAUGCACGCUGGACCAAACUUUAGACAGGGACACAACUGAUAAAGAAGAUAAUGAGGAGAGGCAUGCUGAAACAAACCACUCCUUAUCCCCCACCUUUGAAAACAGGCUGAUAGAAAAUCACUGUGACAACUUUCUUUCUCAAGAAUCCAAUGGUGGUGAAGAAAGAACAAGCAAGGAGAACGCAAAAUCUCCGUGUGGACCCGAAAAAAUCCCUGACCUCAAAGGUGAUGAAGAAGAUUACAGGUUGACUAACAGGGUUGGUCUCCAGUCCAUAGAACGUGGGGGGCUCGAUAAAUGUGACCACAGUGAUACGAGUAUGACCCACCGUGACCCCCCGGCUGACUUGACCCUGCCACCCCACUGUGAAAUCUGCAACAAGAACUUUAAAGACCAGUUCAGCAUGAAGAUGCACUACCAGAACGCCCACCUCAAGGACAUGCACAAGUGCACAGUCGACGGGUGCAAUGCUACCUUCCCCUCACGCAGAAGUAGAGACAGACACAGCACAAAUCUGAACCUCCACCACAAGCUGCUGACCAAAGACUCCCUGAAUCCAGCCAGCUCCCUCUACUUAUCUUCAUCCUUUUGUAGAAACAGAGAGUCCAUUGAUCUAGAACAGCGAGACAGAGAUCUACCCCGGGACCCCUCCUGUCAAACGUCUGUCAUCUUUAGGGGGCACAACCGCAUGGGUCUAGUGUUCCCAAUGAGCAAGACGCCUGCUGCACAAAGCACUGAGUCGUCUCCUAAAGGAGAGAUGGAGGAACUGGGGAGAGGAGAAAGGAACACAAGUGCUGAUGAUGGAGCAGUCCUGGAUCUGAGCACCUCUGCUGCUGCUCCACCUUGUGUGAGCAGCAGUGCUCAGCUGUCCUGGGAUUCGGAUGGAGUCGGUAGUGAGGAGGGAGAAGGACCUGAAGAGGAUGAAGAGGUCAUCCCCAUGGAGGACAGUGAUGAAAGCUGCGAUGGAAACAAUGAGGUGAGGCUCGACGACGAUGAACUGACACUUAGUGGAGAGAGGAGCCUUGGUUGUGGUGGGGGAGGGCAAAGUGGAUUUCAGGGAGGUGUGACAGGAUCUCCAAUUACGUGCCAUGUUUGUCAAAAAGUCUACAGCAACAAGGGCACUUUCAGGGCCCAUUACAAGACUGUCCAUCUUCGACUUCUCCACAAAUGUAAAGUCCCAGGUUGCGAAACAUCGUUCUCCUCUGUAAGGAGCAGGAACCGGCACAGCCAAAACCCCAACCUCCACAGGAACCUCUCUAUGAGCUCAGGUCCAACUGUAGGUCAGGAGUGACAAGCUCAGAUCUCUGCGCA